AUGCCAGCAACUUUUUACGACGUGUUAGCCGACAACUUGCUUCAACUUUUGGAUGCUGAAAAUAACAAUAAUUGCGAUGGUAUAGGAUCAGAUAUUGAAAUAAAAGUUGGCAGUAGCAGCAUAACGAAAAUAUUUAAAGUUCAUUCUCUGAUACUACGAAUUCGAUCAGCAUAUUUUCGAGAAUAUUUUUUAGAAUCAACGCUAAAGUCAAGCUUGAUAACCGCUGUUGAGAAAAAGAAAGAAGAUAACGCUUCUACUUUCAUCAUAAAUGAAGAGUUGAAAGAGAAUGAGGCUGGUGAGAAGAGCAUUGAAAACAAUCAUGAAAAAUUUAAUGGAAUUGUGUUGGAAAACAUUGAUCCAGAAAUAUUUGAAAAAGUAAUACUAAAGUAUAUUUACUCCGGAAGGGUCGAUAUUGACACAUAUGAUGUCCCAUUUUUAAUUGAAUGCUUGAAAACAUCAAAUUUUUUCAAACUCGAAGAAUUGUGUGUCUACCUACAAGAUUAUAUAAUUGACCAUAAGAUCAACUGGUUAACGGAAAACUUAUCAGUAGCUUUCAAAAUUAUGGAAGCACGCCCAGCAUUUCAGAAACUUCGUGAUUUUCUUGAUAAGAUAGUUCGUGAUACACCUGAGGAAUUUUUGAAUUCGCGAGCAUUCUUGAAUGCUGAUGAAAAAACUGUCUUAUCACUUCUUUCUCGCCAAGACCUUGAGAUAAAAGAAGUGCAUAUUUGGAAUCGGGUGAUUCAAUGGGCGGUUGCGCAAACUUCAGUUAAUAGUACAGCCGAGGACGAUGCGAAUUGGACUCCAACUCGAAUAGAGCAAUUGCGCACAAUGUUGCAAUCGUGCAUACCGUUGAUUCGGUUCUUUGAUAUCUCUUCGGAAGAUUUUGAUCUUAAAGUUUUUCCAUUUCAGAGUCUCUUGCCGAAACAAUUGUUUCGGGAUAUUGUCAGUUUCCACUUACAAAAGAACUAUGUUCCCGUGACGCCACGACUUCCAACUCGAGGAAAGCCCAAAUAUAUAAAUGAAAUAAUUACAAUCAGUCCAAACGGAUCGGACGUUGCUUCGUCCGUAGGUUCCGGAAAUGACGACGAUACAGUGAUAGAGGUUAACGUUGACCGUUUCAAAAUUAAUACUGCCCGACCCAAACAAAAACGUAAAGGGACAUCUAGUAAAACAAUUAACGUUUCACCCACUGAGUCCACUUCUCCAUUUUCAUUGAUGAGGGCACCUGAAAUUUAUACAGAUUCUCUAAGUAAAUUAUCCACUUUUGUAACAGAUAUGCAAUGCGCCAUUGUCAAGAAAUGGAUUGUCCGACAAAAAACAACCGAAACGGACUUAGAACGUCCGAAUCUCGGGCACCAUUUCUAUGAACAAAGUCCUUUUACUUUUAUAUUUUCGCUCGGUGAUUUCGGUAAGGGUUCAAUUGAAAAGUCGUUAGCAAGUGUUAAAAAACAUGAAAUGUGUGCGUGUGCCGGUGCUGAAUAUGGUCCGUCGUUUGGUGGAAAUGCUGACGAAGGGGAAUUACGAAUGAUGGGGAGAGAUUUUCGGUGGGAAGGGUCGUGUUAUUAUGUGCCGAAAUCAGUUAAAGGUGGUAUUUUUACGGGUAAAAAGAAAAUACCGACAAAAGUUUGCUUUUCUAUUGAAGAUUAUGAAGUGUUUCGUGUAUUUUAG